AUGACUUCAUCAUGGGAUCACCACACCGACUCGGAGUCGCGCAAUCGCCUGCCGACUCUCUUUGAAGUGCUCAGCCGCCGCACUCUGGCCCCUGUCGAUCUCUUUUCCUUCUACAUUUACAUGCGCGACCAGCAACGCUCAGUGGACUACCUUGACUUCUGGCUCGAUGUCUCUCAACACAUGUCCCUUUGUCGCCAUUAUGUCCGUGAACUACGCCGCUCUGUGCUUGUCGCGACUCCCGACAUGGAGAGAGCCGACAGCAAACGAUCCUCUGCGAUGCUUGAGAACUUGGAGAACCUAGGUGAUAUUCCACUUGUGGAGGCUGGGCCUUCACGUCUGGCAGGCAACGAAAAAGAACGGGAUGCGGAUCAUCGCCUUUCUGCUUUCUUGCGGUCUGAAGGCCACACCUCGUCUCACUCGCCCCAGAACAGUAUCGGAUCAGAGUCUGUGUAUCCGACGCGCACCGAAUCCCCCGAUCAACAGCCACGUCCCAGUUCCGGUACUCACAACGGCGGCGAUUCCAACUCUCCCGGCCACACUGUUGCUCGUAACGAUAUCCGUGCCAGUGCCGAAAAGAUCCUUUACACCUACUUGCUCCCCGGUUCGGAACGUGAGAUUGUCUUGCCUGAAACAAUGGUGUCGACUAUUAUCAACUUGAUCGAGGAUGACGGCCGUGACGACCCGCAGGUGUUCGACCCUGCCAAGGACUAUGUUUUUCAAGCUAUGGAGCGCGAUGCUUUCCCAGGAUUCUUGCAGGCCAAGGCCCUGGGCAACCUUGUACCUCUGAGCAUCAUCUUGCGCUUGGCCUUUGCUCUGAUCAGCUUCGGUGGUGGAUUCUGGGGAGCGUUCUACGUUGUUCUACGCAACAAGCCCCGGCACAUUCGUUGCUGGGUUAUUCUUCCUUUUGCUGUCGCGGCUUACUUCAUCGUCUCCUACCAGUACAAGAUUGAUCCCGUCAUGGCAUUCAUUGGUUACAGCGAAUACACAUUCAUGAAUUGGGCGCCGAUUCGUGAACCAUAUGUUCGCCAGCUUCUGAACAAGCGCGCGAUAGUCACCGCGGCUGUUGCCUUCCUCACAGCUGCCGCCUUGAGCAUCUUAUUCAUUUUCGUUCCGGGUACUAUGAUGUGA